CUUCGCCUGUUCUUUUUACAUGCAGACACAUUGAUUUUCGUUCGCUAUAAGGCUACUACUGGGUUAAUCGUAUCGGGCUCGACCGCGCUCAGUUUUUUCACCCGUGUUGCCUAUGGAGGCGAUCUCGAUACUUAUUGCCAGUUAUCACAAGCUAAGAUAGUUGGUCAAUGGUACGAGAGUCGUGGUUUUAUCUUCGCGCCCACCGACAAACAAGACGUACUCUUUCAUACUGACUAUGAACGUGCAACGUUCAAAGCCGCCACUACUGCUGCCAAUGUCAUUACUGAAGUGGAUGAUGACAUCCGAGAGUACAGGCUUAACAACAUCGAAUCGGUGUGGAACUUUAUACGAGAUAAACACCGGGUCCAGCUCAUUGCUACGAGGGGUUCCCCUCUGGAAACUAUUCUGUCUUUUCAUUCCACAUGCGUCAUGAAUAUACUCACGCAUAGGGCGGCUUACUGUCUCUUCCCUCAACUUACUUUGGAGGAAAAGACGACAUUGCUGAUUGAUCUGGUUUCUCCUCUAACGGAAAUCCAGAUGGCUGCUGUUCGCAAAUAUGCCUUGAGGGGUUUUACCAUCCUUCACCAAGCCCCAACCGCUAUGGCAUGUAACGCAAAUUCUGCUCUGACCUUUUUGCGACCACGUCGCGUGGGCGAUAAACAUUGUUUCAAGAUUAAUUUCGAUCAUUUAGGAAAAGGAGCGCCAAAGCCUGAUUAUAUCGAAGCGAAUACGUGGGGUCUUGCUUAU